AUGAGUCAUGCCGUCCCUGAUCUAGAUGCUAUCGGCAUAAAAGCGGACCAUGAUCUGGCCGAUCAAUUCCGUCGCGAAGUCGCCAACCUCCUCUCGCGCAACAACCUCAACUUCCCCGGCGCACAGCCAGUCAGCUUCUCGUCAAAGCAUCUUACUGAGCUGCAGCGCGAGGAUUAUUAUGUCUGCGAAAAGACUGACGGCAUUCGCUGCCUAAUGUACUUUGCGCGCGGAGACCCCAGCUCUGAACAGCCGGAGAUUCACUAUUUAAUAGACCGCAAGAACGAUUACCGCUACGUGCCAGGCUUGCACUUCCCGCUCCCCAACGACGACACGUUCCAGGGAUUCCACGUGGACACAUUGGUCGACGGCGAGCUCGUCAACGACACCUACGACGAUGGAACAACGCAACUGAAAUACCUAGUAUUCGACUGUCUGGUGUUGGACGGACAGAGCUUGAUGCACCGCACAUUGGACAAGCGACUGGCAUAUUUUAAAGAGAAGGUACUCAAGCCUUACCAUGCCAUGUACCGCAAGUUCCCAGAGGAGAAGCAGCACCGCGCUUUUGCCGUCGAGGAUAAGUCCACGCAGUUCAGCUACGGUAUCGAAAUGAUGUUCCGCGAAAUUAUUCCCAAGGUCAAGCGUAUCCACGGAAACGACGGCCUGAUCUUCACCUGUCGCAGUACCCCAUACCGCAUUGGUACCGACGAGCACAUCCUCAAGUGGAAGCCUCCACAGGAAAACACCAUCGACUUUCGCAUGCGCCUUGAGUUCCCGACGCUUGAACCAGAUACCGACGACGAGGCUGAUGGUGUUCAUGAGCCAUUUGUGGACUACGAUGCUAUUCCUAUCUGCCACUUGUUCGUGAUGCUUAGCGCUGGCGAGUACCGCCAUUGGGGGGAGAUGUUUGUAGAGCCCACAGAGUGGGAAACUCUCAAAGGUAUGGGCGUCCCUCUCGACGACUCAAUCGUGGAAUGUGCAAAGGACAAUGAAGGGCGUUGGCGCUUCUAUCGUCUGCGCGAGGACAAGAAUGAUGCAAACCACAUCUCUACAGUUGAGAAAGUCCUUGAGAGUAUUGAAGAUCGUGUCACCGAAGAUGAUCUCAUUCGUCUCGCCCCGGUCAUCAAAACGGCCUGGAAAAAGCGCCAGCAAAAUAUGGCUGCGGGAGACGAGGAGAAAAAGCGAAGGGCUCAAGGAAUCCCGGGAAAUCCUAAUGGUGUCAAACGAAAGUACGAAGAGUGA